ACAAAAAUGCCUGAACCAGCAAAAUCGGCUCCGGCUCCCAAGAAGGGCUCUAAAAAAGCUGUGACUAAGACUCAGAAGAAGGGUGAUAAGAAGCGCAGAAAGACAAGGAAGGAGAGUUAUUCCAUCUACGUGUACAAAGUACUGAAACAAGUUCACCCGGACACCGGCAUCUCCUCUAAAGCCAUGGGCAUCAUGAACUCCUUUGUGAACGACAUCUUCGAGCGCAUCGCUGGGGAAGCGUCUCGCCUGGCUCAUUACAACAAGCGCUCGACCAUCACUUCCCGGGAGAUCCAGACCGCUGUGCGCCUGCUUCUGCCGGGGGAGUUGGCCAAACACGCUGUGUCUGAGGGCACCAAGGCCGUCACCAAGUACACCAGCUCCAAGUAAAUCGUUGCUGUGAGAGUACCGACACCUAUAACCCAAAGGCUCUUUUAAGAGCCA